UAAUCAAUCAAAUCAAAUAGCAGCAAUUAGGUUGAAGAGAGCGCCCUCUCUCUUCCGACUCGCCCCGCCCCGCCACCGGAAAAUGGCUGGAAGAGCUGCCUCCGGCGCCGCUAAAUCUCGGCGAUCUCCGCUCCUCCUUUUCGUCCUUGCGCUUCUCUUUCUCUCUCUGCUCUUUUUUGCGUUCUCAUCCACCCCUUCUUCUUCCUUCUCUCCCGUCGGCACGAUCCAUGCGCAUCUUAGCCCUAACAUCGACUAUUCUUUCGUCUCCUCUCUCCAGAAAUUCCUGAUGAAUUCCAACUCCAAAUCUUCCUUGAAGCUUCCCGACGACACUGUUCGAGGCGAUGCCGCACAACAAGACGUCAAGAGAUUGGACGAUUCAAUUUCGCUUGCUGAGGAGAAACGUCUCUAUGGAGGAAACCAAAUGUCGUUAUAUUCCCCGAUUCGAGUUUAUGUUUAUGACAUGCCUUCCAAAUUCACUUAUGAUUUACUCCGCCUGUUCCAAAAUACGUAUCAGGAGACUAAUAAUCUCACCUCUAAUGGCAGUCCCGUUCAUCGAUUAAUAGAGCAACAUUCAAUUGAUUACUGGCUGUGGGCGGAUUUGAUAGCUCCGGAGUCUGAGAGGUUAUUGAAGAAUGUCGUGAGAGUUCUCAAGCAGGAAGAAGCUGACUUAUUCUACGUUCCAUUUUUCACUACAAUUAGCUUUUUCUUGUUGGAGAAACAGCAAUGCAAGGCGCUUUAUAGGGAAGCACUGAAAUGGAUAAUAGAUCAACCAGCAUGGAAGCGUUCUGAAGGUAGAGAUCACAUAUUACCAGUUCAUCAUCCUUGGUCAUUUAAAUCUGUUCGAAAAUUUGUGAAGCAGGCUAUAUGGCUCCUUCCAGAUAUGGACUCCACUGGGAAUUGGUACAAGCCUGGCCAAGUUUACCUUGAGAAAGACUUGAUACUUCCUUAUGUUCCCAAUGUGGAUUUGUGUGAUUCCAAAUGCUUGCUAGAUUCUAAGAGAACGACACUGUUAUUUUUUCGUGGAAGGCUCAAAAGAAAUGCUGGUGGGAAAAUUCGCACAAAACUUGUGGCAGAACUUAAUGGUGCCAAAGAUGUGGUUAUAGAGGAGGGCACUGCUGGUGAGGGUGGAAAAGCUGCAGCCCAGAUUGGCAUGCGCAAGUCAACCUUUUGCCUUAGUCCAGCUGGUGAUACACCUUCAUCUGCUAGAUUAUUUGAUGCAAUUGUCAGUGGAUGCAUCCCUGUUAUAAUUAGUGAUGAACUGGAGCUUCCAUUCGAAGGAAUACUAGAUUAUCGCAAGAUGGCAGUUUUUGUUUCUUCUAGCGAUGCUGCACAGCCAGGAUGGCUUUUAUCAUUUUUAAGAAGUAUUUCUUCCUCUGAAAUUAGAGAGAGACAAAAAAACUUAGCUAAGUACUCGAGACACUUUUUAUAUUCCCAUCCAGCAAUGCCAUUGGGCCCAGAAGACUUGGCUUGGAGAAUGAUAGCAGGUAAGGUGGCGAACAUAAAGCUCCAUGUGCGCAGGGCGCAGCGGGUGGUGAAGGGUUCUAGAAGUGUGUGCAGUUGCGAGUGCAGGCUCCCCAACGGCACAAGCGGGGGAACCCCCCCCUCGCCCUAAUGAUUGGAGCCUCUUUUUGUUUGUUUGUUUGUUUCUUUGGGUACCACUCUUAGAUUUUUGCCUCUAUUGGGAGCGGGGUGUGUGUAGUAGUGUAGGUCAAUAGUACUUGUGUUACCACCGGAAGUCAGCAGAGUGGCAGGGUGGGCAUGCACAUAGAAAGAAAGGGUCGUUGUUGUCGCUGGUAUUCAGUUCAUUGAUGUGAUUGUGCAUGUAUAUGGUGGUGAGCAAUGACUAGGGUGAAGAGAAUCGAGGGAGGGAUAUUAUUGUUAUUGUUGUGUUCUUACUCUACAAAAUCUACAGUGGUGAGUGCCAAGCUC